AACACGCGCAUGCGUACAACGCUGACGUGUAAGCUCGUGUUCUGCUGUGAUAUAUUUGUUUCUUUUUCAGCAGACGUUUGUUAAAUAUUGCACCAUGGCGUAUCAAACUUUUCAACAGGAGUACAUGCAAAUGCCUGUUAUUACGCGCGCAUACACAACUUCUUGUGUCCUAACGACUUUAGCUGUGCAAUUAGAAAUCCUAACACCAUUCCAGUUAUACUUCAAUCCAUCUUUAAUAUUCCGCAAUUACCAGUUUUGGAGACUAGUUACCAACUUCCUAUUCUUUGGAACAAUAGGUUUUAACUUCUUCUUUAACAUGAUAUUUACCUAUCGCUACUGCCGGAUGUUAGAAGAGGGCUCUUUUAGAGGAAGAACAGCAGACUUUUUCUUCAUGUUUUUAUUUGGAGGAACAUUAAUGACUAUAACUGGCUUAUUUGUAAACAAGUUGGUCUUUCUAGGGCAAGCCUUCACCAUAAUGUUGGUGUAUAUAUGGAGCCGACGUAACCCUUAUGUGCGCAUGAACUUUUUUGGUCUGAUGACUUUCCAAGCUCCAUAUCUUCCUUGGGUAUUACUUGGCUUCUCCCUUCUCUUAGGGAAUUCUAUUGUUGUGGAUCUCAUGGGUAUUGCUGUUGGACAUGUGUAUUAUUACCUGGAAGAUGUAUUUCCAGAACAGCAAGGUGGUUUUAAGAUUUUGAGAACACCAAAAUUAUUAAAAAUUCUUUUGGACCCUCCUCAAGAGGACCCCAAUUACAACCCACUGCCUGAAGAAAGACCUGGUGGAUUUAAUUGGGGUGAAGGUGCAGAAGGGGGGAACCAGCAGGAAUAAGAAUUUCCACAGGAGCAAAAUCCAUCACCACCACCUUGAAAGAGAUGAAUUUUAUUGUAUUCAGAUUGCUAACAGAAUUGGUUAGUAAUUGCUGGCUCCUGCAUGACCCCAUGUCAGAGAAAUACAAUGUUAUUGAAAUAGGGAAAUAUGAGGUCUUGUGAAAGCAAGUAAACAAUGUGUCUAUGCCACAUUACCAAAUAUUUAUUUGGGUAGGUUGAUCUUGCACGACAUGAAAAUGACAAUGGAAAAAGUGCUGGGUAUGUGUUUGUGUGCCUGGUUAUCAUUGGCUUUAAAUGAGAAUACAAGUAUGUCAUUGUGGCAUCCUAAAGUAUGAAUGCAUGAUAACAUACAAGUACUUUAAAUACUACUGUAACAGCUGUCAUUUGCUUUUAUUUUAGGGAUAAUAAAGUGAGUGACAGAGGUAUCUUGGUUUCUUUUUUCUAUUUAGAUAUUUGUGUUUGAGUGAGAUAUUCUGAAAUAAAGUGAUCCCAAUACAGUAAUUUUGAAUUUUAAUAAGAAUAUUUACUUAUUUGAAAGGUGAAGUUCAUAUAUUUGCUUGUUAAUGCCCAAAUAUAUAAUGACCAUUAUUGUUCUUGUCAUUUUUAUAAUCUUCUGGUUAUGGUGGUUAAGAAUACACCUGUUUUACUAUAUUUCAAUUUUAUUAAGCUGUUUUAAGUAGUGCAUUUGUAAAUACGUUACUGAAAAAUAUUCAAGUUUUGUUCAGCAAAUGUAU